AUGAUGUUGUCUGUCAUCAGGGGAAAGGCCAACGAUUGGCCAGAAGCCGUGCCAACCUCGGGGUUCCAGGGAGCCCCUGCCAGCGUGCCGUCCCAGCUGCAACCAAAUCCUGGCUCCAGUAGCGUCGGUGCCCGCCAGCAGCGCCAGCCAGCCUGGUAUCAAAGCUUGGCUGCAGGACGCAAACCGGGCGGCUCAGGUUACACUCGGAUACUCUGGGAAGCAACGCUCAGUCGACAUAUUGUUAGCGAGGAGAGCAAGAGAAAAGAGGUCUGA